AUGAUGUUUUGCAAGUUACGUCGUUUAGAAUUGCUCCGUUCUGGACAACUGUCGGAUUGUGACCUAAAGGUGUGGUAUACGAAUAAAUCGAUGACUUGUUGCUGCCGCGAAUUCAAAUGCCACAGGAUUCUGUUGGCGUCCGCCUCGGAGGAGUUUGAGAGCAUGUUCCGUGAAACGGAUUUCAAUAAAUCCAAGCUGGUGAUCAAUGUGAAUGACGCCAUGCCCGAUGCAUACGAAACUCUGUUGCUUUAUAUAUACACGUAUGAGAUAUACAAUGACAUCCAGAUUGAGAUGUUCCCCGAUCUUGUCUAUUUGGCCACCAAAUACAAAAUGCCCGACUUUGUGGACGGCUACAUUGGCAAAUUCGUCGAUAAGGAAUGGCCCAUGUCUACGGUGCUCAAAAUGUUUCAGUUGGCCAAUGAGCAUAACCGGCCGGCCAUGAUGAAGCUGGUGGGCAAGAAAAUUGUGCCAAUGGCUAAGAGGCUGAUCAGUGACAAUAGUUUUCUGAAAUUUACCGUUAAGGAACUGCAUGCUCUGAUGUUAAUUUUGAAAGGCGCGAACACAAUUCCCGACAAUGAAUUGCUGGUGGCACUGAAGAGAUAUCAGAAAUGCAAUAAUCUCUAUUAUAGAAAUAUGUGCUGCUUUCAACAAUUUGUCCAAGUGACGCAUCUGUUUGGUGGUUUGCUUUUCGAGCCGGACGGCACUUUGGCCGUAAAAGACGACAACGAGACGGAAGAAGCAGAAGUGGCAGCGGCGGCAACAGCAGCAGGAGCGGAAGCAGCAGCAGGAGCGGAAGCAACAGGAGCCGGAGCUGCAGGCGCAAGAGCAGAAGCAAAUGCACCAACAGCUGCAGUACUAGCAGCAGCGGCAGCAGCACCAACAGCAGCAGCAGAAGAUAUACAAACCGGCCUACGACCAACAACUGAAUCAAAAUCACAAGCAAAAUUGGAAGUAGAACUAAAAAAAUAUUACGGGGAAGAGGAACCAAAGCCACAGGCGAAAGAGAAGGAAUCUGAAACACCACAGCCACUUGCAGAAGAUUCUGAGAAAGCUGCCUCACCAAUAGAUCCAGACAAGCCAAAGAAAAAAAGUUGUAAAGCAUUAAGAACAAGACGCAAUAUUUGCCAACUAUUGAACCCAAAUUCAAAACGGCAAUAGUCCCAUAUUGAUGCGAACGUUACGCUCCGCUAGGCUAAAUCAAUCAAGCAGCAGUUCUUCAUAUUAGUGGCAUUUGUUAGUUUCAAAAAUAUCUAGUUCGGUUCAUAGUUUCAAUAAAAGCAUCUUCCUCAAUUUUA